UAGUUAUUAAAAUUUAUUAAUUUUAACUAAAAAAAACUCAAACCUGGAUAACAUUUAAAGACGACGAAAAUGUAAAAAAUUUCAGGUAUUAUAAAAUACUCCGUAGGUAGUAACAAAAUGAAAAAAAUUUGAUAGAAAUGGUGAGUUGUACAAAAAAAAGUAACGGAAUAAAAUGUUGUUACGAUUUGGACGGGAAGGUGGAUUGACCCACGCGGAUUUCGCGCCAUGCAUGCAUUCCGUGUUCUUUGCGGGAUUCUUUUUCUCUGCGUCGCAGUCCACAGAAACAAAAUUGGCAGAGCCUCCCAAGAAAAAGUGAAGAACGCGGCGGUGAAAAUGGCUUUCUCGUCCACCACCACCACCACUGCGGCGAAGGUGAAAAUGGAGUCGUCUUCGUCGUCCACCACCGCCGCCGCCGCUUCGACGGCCGUUGAAUCGCUCAUUCCCGGGCUUCCGGACGAGAUGGCUGCGCUGUGUCUAGCUAGGGUUCCUCGCUCAGAUCAUCACACACUCCGCCGGAUCUCGAGGUCAAUUAGGGCUCUCGUGUUGUCGCCGCACUUCUUCAAGACUCGCUCUCUCAUCCCCUCCACGGAGAAUUUCAUUUAUCUCCGUUUCGUCGCACCCUACGGCGGCAAUGAUUCAGUUAUGUACGCAAUCCGCCACUCCCCCGUCCCUGACCCGAGCCCAAUCGGCCCCGUCCGUUUCCUUGACGCGAAUCGCUGCCGCAGUUACGUCCUCCUCAACCAUUCCAUCUACGCCAUAGAUUUCUCCCCUUCCCGCGGACUAUCGAUCUUCGACUGCCGCUUCAACCGCUGUGUCCCCGGCCCCGAAAUGAGCAUUGCUCGCAAUUAUCCAGGCGUUGGCGUGAUCGAUGGGAAGAUCUAUGUCAUUGGUGGCGUGGGGAUGAACUGUGUUCAUCCAGACUGGGCGGCGGCGUUUGACCCUGCCUCCGGCGGCUGGGAGAGUGUGCCCACAUAUAUGCUCGGACACGUGAUCUCCUCCAUCGUCCUGGAUGACAAUUUCUACCUACUCGUGGAUGACGGGCACGUCCCAAGCCGCAUCACAUUUGAUCCCCGGCUGGAUUUAUGGACAUCCGCGUGGGACAAGGUGGAUGUGCCCGAUGCGCUUGUUGUGGACGGGGAUAUAGAGUUCAGUUAUGCUGUGGUGAAUGGAGUUCUGUUUCGGUGUGAUAAGAAAAUGCGGUCGGGUCGUUCAGUUGAGUGGUUCGAUUCCAAGAAUGGGCAAUGUAAUUGCCUGCUGGAGAACAAUGGGGGGUGGAAUUACCUAGAGGGGUUAGAGGGCAAUGGCUAUCUGAGCUUCCGCCGCAAGGGAACUUUACUGGCCAAUGUGGAUGGGAGACUGGUUGCCUUUAUGCAGCAGCGCCGCCUUGGCGAGGAGGGGUUUGAUCAGUAUGAGAGGGACAGCGACACCGAGUCUGAAAGGGGCAGGAGCCAGAGCACCAGUGAUGAUGAGAACUACGUCUGGUGUGCUGAAAUUGAGGUGAUCGAUCGCGGCAAUGGUGAGUUAUACGGUGAUGUUCGUUGGUGCCAUGAGGUUCUUGCUGUUCCAAGAGAGUACCACCUUACCCAUUGCUUUGUGGUUGCUCUGUGACAGCACUAGCUACUCAUUCAGAGGCCAGGCCAGCUAAUUGGUUGUGAGUGUGGCUAUGUUUUCAUCUCUUGGCUAUGUUUUGUUGGCUGGUUAGUGGUUAGCUAGCUAUUGGUGGUAAUGUUGGACAUAUAUACAGGUAUUAAAUGCUUUGGGCAACUAAUAACUCUUUAAUUACCUAUUAUUGUGCGUGGGUUUGAAUUGUGAUAAACAUAUGCUAGCUGUUCUCAAGUGAGCUAGAUUUGUAUGUGAAAUAUUUGCACUAAAUAGCACUAAAACUUAGGUCAUUUC